UACCUCAGUGCUGUCACCCCCCCCGAGUCUUGCUGGGUCCCCCCCGCGGUGUGCAGCGGCCGCUGGCGGAGCUGUUCCCGCCCUCUGUGAGCGAGCAGUGUCCGUUCUCCUGCGGGCUGUCCCCGGCUCAGCCCCAUAGCCCGGUCUCCGCUUCCCGCCAGCAGCUGACGCAUUACCCGCCAAAGUUGAAAAUCCCGGAGAGGACUCGGAGAUCCCGCAGCUGAAAUGCCUGCUGAGAAGAAGCCGAUGCGGUAUGGACAUCCAGAAGGUCACACAGACGUCACGUUUAAUGAUACUGGAAGUUGCCUUGUGACCUGUGGGAGUGAUGGGGACAUUAGGAUCUGGGAAAGUUUGGAUGACGAUGACCCAAAGUCGAUCAGUGUUGGAGAAAAGGCGUAUUCCUUGGCGUUAAAGAAUGGCAAAGUAGUCACUGCAUCGUCCAACAAUGCGAUUCAGAUGCACACAUUUCCAGAUGGUGACCCAGAUGGAAUACUGACGCGUUUCACCGCCUGUGCUAAUCAUGUGGUAUUUAACGCUGAUGGCACCAAAAUCGCAGCUGGCUCUGGUGAUUUCUUGGUGAAAGUUGUGCAGGUGGACGACAGCAGUGUGCAAAAGACGUUCCGCGGACAUGAGGCUCCUGUUCUGAGCGUUUCCUUUGAUCCGAAGGACAAAUAUCUGGCGUCAGCAAGCUGCGAUGGCUCAGUGAGAAUUUGGAAUAUCGAUGAUCAGAGUUGUGAAGCCAACCUGGCCCUUCUACCGAAAUGUAAUGAUGUCAUCAACGCCAAGUCCAUUUGCCGCCUGCAGUGGCAGCCGAAGAGCGGAAGGCUGCUCGCUGUUCCAGUUGACAAAACCGUUCACUUUUAUGAGAGAUUUACUUGGAAGAUGACGUUUUCUCUAUCGGAUAAUUUUAUAACUCAGCCUCUGAAUGUGGUGACCUGGUCGCCAUGUGGACAGUACAUCGUAGCAGGAAGUAUCGAUGGCUGCAUUGUUGCUUGGAACGUGGUCAGCAAAGUUUGCUUUGAAAGGAUUAAGCAUGAAAAGGGAUUCACCAUUUGUGGCCUCUCGUGGCACCCAACGUUGGCUCAAGUGGCCUAUACCGACAACGAGGGUAAUCUGGGACUGCUGGAGAAUGUCUGCAAAGGGGAGGGCAAGCCGGCCAGUGCUAAGGCGACUAGUGCUGCAACCAAGGAUUAUGAUGCGCUCUUUGACGGCGAUGAUGAUGAUGAUGAAGACUUCUUGAAUAGGGAUAUGAUUGAUCACCAGGCAUCUGAGGGUAAUGAAGACGAUGACAACCACUUGACGCCGACUGCUAGCCGUGUAAGAAGCAGGAUCUUGGACGACGAUGACAACUCUAUAGAUGUUCCAUCCUUGAAAGCCGCCAAUGGGGAGAAGCCGGAAGGGGAUGAUGACGCGCUUUCCGUCGCUGCCCGAGCUGUUCCUUCCAAGCCGUCUUACUGUGGCCCCAUGCCAACUCCGUCGCAGAAGCCUUUCCAGCCCGGUUCUACCCCAGCACAUCUUACGCACCGGUUUAUGAUGUGGAAUUCCAUUGGAGUUAUCCGCUGUUACACUGACGAGCAGGAUAAUGCCAUAGACGUGGAAUUCCACGACACCUCCAUACACCAUGCCAUCCACCUGUCGAACACGCUGAACCACACUGUGGCAGAUCUCUCCCAGGAAGCUGUACUGCUGGCCUGCAGGGGCACCGAUGAGCUGGCCAGCAAACUCCAGUGCCUGCACUUCAGCUCCUGGGACACCAGCAAGGAUUGGAUUGUGGACCUGCCCCCAGGAGAGGACAUCCAGGCUGUGUGUCUGGGCCAGGGCUGGGUGGCUUGUGCUACUACCGCCUUGUCACUUCGCCUCUUCUCUGUGGGUGGCGUACAGAGGGAGAUCUUCAGUCUUCUCGGCCCUGUUGUGUGUAUGGCAGCCCAUGGGGAACAGCUUCUCAUUGUCUAUCAAAGAGGUACCGGCUUUGAUGGUGACCAGUGCCUUGGGGUACAACUUCUUGAGCUGGGUAAACGAAAGAAGCAGAUCUUGCGCGGAGAACCCCUUCCUCUGUCUAAGAAGAGUUACCUCUCCUGGCUCGGCUUCAGCGCUGAAGGUAGCCCGUGUUAUGUAGAUUCUGAAGGCGUGGUGCGGCUGCUGAACAGAUCGCUGGGAGAUACCUGGUCACCUGUAGGUAACACCCGGGAUCACUGCAAGGGGAAGUCUGAUCACUACUGGGUUGUGGGUGUCCAUGAGAACCCGCAGCAGCUGAGGUGCAUUCCUUGCAAAGGAUCCAGGUUCCCCCCCACGCUACCCCGACCUGCGAUGGCUAUACUGCCCUUCAAGCUUCCUUACUGUCAAAUCACAACUGAGAAGGGGCAGAUGGAGGAGCAAUACUGGAGGUCUCACAUCUUCACUAACCACUCUGACUACUUGUCCAAGAACGGGUACGAGUGUGAUGAAAGUAUUAAGAUUGAGGCCCAAAAAGAGCAGCAGGAGCUGCUGAUGAAGAUGUUUGCGUUGUCCUGCAAACUGGAGCGUGAAUUCCGCUGUAUGGAGCUGGCCGAGCUGAUGAAUCACAACGUGAUGAAUCUGGCUAUUAAGUACGCCUCGCGCUCUAAGAGGCUAAUACUGGCCCAGCGGCUAGGAGAGCUGGUUCUGCAGAAGGCUGCAGAGUUGGCAUCUGCCCAGCCACAGAGCGAUGAGGAGGAGGAGGAAGAUUUUCGCAGCAGGCUGAAUGCUGGAUACAACAGGACUGCCACCGAGUGGGGACAACCAAAAGCAGUAGCACAGGAGGAGCAGGACGUGGAUAUGAAUGGAGAGGGAGGCGAUGAGGAAACGGAACAAGAGGAGCCUCCAGAAACCCCCAAACUGAGAGCAAAGACAGCAAUAACUUCUUCCAACAAGAAUAUCACAUCGCCGGAACAGCCCGCUGUAAUGUCUGGGGCAAUUGUGUCCAGCAGCCAAGGCAGAGUCAACCCUUUCAAGGUAUCUGCAAGUCAGAAAAGCCCGGCCCUGGCUGGAAACUCCACUCGCAUCCUAGAUAACAUGAGUAAGCUGCCCAAGAAACCACCGGUAGCUGUAAAGCAGACUGCGAACAAGUCAGAUUCUGUGGUCAUAAAGCCGCUCGCCCCACGGGCGAAGCCUAAGAAGGGCCAGGCAACAUUAUUCCAAAAUGUCCAACCUAAAGCCACCGUGAAACAGACGCAGGAUAAAGAGAGAACUAUUCCGGCUUCAUCUCCGAGCUCAGCCCCGGAGAGCGCAGAGCCAAAAAGACCCAAAACCGGCUUCCAGCUUUGGUUGGAUGAGAAUCGGAAGAGUAUAUUGUCUGAGAACUCUGAGCUUGAGGAGUCUGAAAUUAUCAAGGAGGGGAUGAGCCGAUUCAGGGCACUAACUAACGAGGAGAGGAUGACGUGGACAGAAAAUGCCAAAGGUGAUGAUUCCACAGACACAAAGAAGAGGAAACGGGACGAGCCGGAGAAUGGGAAGGCCGCGGAAAGUCCAGAGGGAGAGACACAGGAGGCCGCCACUUUGGGCAAGAAACACAAGCCUUUAGAGUCCACCAAUAGCAAGCUGUCUGCGUUUGCAUUUAAGAAGGACUAAGAUGUCUUGUAAGAACGAUUGUCCUGUCUGUUUACGUGAGAGCGGAAUUGUGGUGGAACUUUGUCUUCAGUCUGUAGAAGAUUCCGUCUGUUCUUCACAUCCUGUUCACAUACCUUAAACAAUGGAUGUGUUUCAUGGAUUCAGUUAGCAAGCUCCGUAAGGACUUAGAUGUGUAAGUCAUCCCAUGCAGCGGGAUUGCUGACGGGUCAGAGGCAGAAUUAACCCACUAAAACCAUUUGAGAAACCGCUACCAAAUUUCUGCCUGGUCACAGCAUACUUGACGAUGGCUGCUAAGGCCGUAGCCACUGAAUUACUGCAUCACAGCGGCGGGGUUACUAGCAUGCGAGUUAGAUGGUGCAACCUGUGUAAUAGUAAAUGACUGCAGUACAAUUGUAUUGUAAGUAUUGGUAUAAUCAGAUGUUCAGCGGUCUUAUCCUAAUGGUAUUUCACAGAUAAUGCAAAGCACCAGGAUAGCUGUGCGCUUGUCCUGUGACAGCACGGUGACAUCAUCACACAAGUGUAUUGGUAAAUGCAACAAUACUGCAUUUAUCUGUUCACUAUUCAAUGUGAAACUUCAUGUAUUUCCUUUUGUUGUGUAAUCUGGUUUUUAUGUAUUUGUUCGGCUUAUUGUACAUGGAUUUUGAAGCAUAAUUGUUAAAGAAAAGUUUAAAUGUGUUGUAAAUAAAGAUUUGUACAAUGA